CUCCGGACAAUGCGGAGACAGAAUAAAAUUUUUACUUCAGUCUUCUAUUAAGUCUUGACGUGAAAAUAAAGGAGAUAAAAUGGGACUGAAGAUAAUUUUGUGUUCACUGGAGCUAGCAUUUUUAUUAAACGCCCUAAACGCAGCGAAUUUAGAUCUUCCGUCAGUGGAAAAUAUCCAGGACAUGAUUCUCGAGGAAAAGUUCAUCGAAUCUCUCAUUCUCCCUACAAUUAAAGAGGAAAGGGCGGUAUUGGCACCCGUUCUCGAACCAGUAUUGACCCCGGAGAGGGACGUGACCUUUCAUCUCUUCACGAGAUCCAAUCCGGGAAAGGGCUCUGCGCUGAAAGUCGGAGAUUCGAUGGCCCUCAAGGACUCGCAGUUCAUGCCGGACAGAGGACUGAAGGUUGUUAUCCAUGGGUGGACGGACAAGGGAACCACCAAGUGGUUGAAAAUUAUUCGGAGUAAUUAUUUGAGCGAGGAGGACUGCAAUGUCGUUAUUGUUAAUUGGUUUCCAAUUUCUAUCAAGGAGUAUCAUGUUGCUGCUAAAUUAACGGAACAGAUAGGCGCAUACGUCGGUGAAUUUCUCCAUUUUCUGAACGCCGAAACCAAUAUUUCAUUAGCUAAUGUUCACAUACUGGGCCACAGUCUGGGGGCGCACAUAGCCGGUUUCGCCGGCUCGAGUUUAUCCGGCAACGUAGGCAGAAUAACGGGAAUGGAUCCAGCUCGGCCAGCGUUCGAAGCCCCUGUUUAUAAAGAUCAAAAGAGCCGAUUGGAUCCGUCGGACGCGAUAUUUGUCGACGUUAUCCACACUUGCGCAGGCACCUUGGGAUUCAUUAAAACCGUUGGACAUGCAGAUUUUUACCCCAACGGCGGGACCUUUCGACAGCCCGGGUGCUCGCCCCUAGUUACACAAUACUGCAGUCACGGGAGAUCUUACCAGUUCAUGGCGGAGUCGAUAGUCUCUCCACGCGCAUUCGUCGCAAUCAAGUGCGACAGUUGGGCGGAAUAUAGAGCUGGAAAGUGUGAUAAUUCUACGGCUGUCAUGGGGGAUAAGGUGAGCAGUGAGACGCGGGGCUCUUUCUUCCUGGAGACUAAUGCCGAGUCGCCGUAUGGGAAAGGAGACUCGAAUUCUAUAUUUUGAAUUCUGGAGGUGUCAACAUAUUUUACAAAAACAGUCCCGAAUUUUUGUUCACGGAUGAAAAAUAUUACUGCAUAAAACGAUUCAAGUCGACUUAGCUCUGAACUAAGUUUUCGAGGAAUAUCUCCAAAUGUGAGGGAGACAGCGAA